GAUUAGUCCUAGUACCUGUACAAAACUAGCAGUUGGCGACAAACAAAGGAUAAUUGUGAGGGUUAUUGAGGGAAUUCCGGGAGAUCCGGCAACGCGGCCCGCCAGACCAGUCACCAACCCGGACCAAUCAGCGGUUCACACGAAAUCUGCCACGUUUUUGGUGUCCCCCCGUCACGGCGAAGAACCGCCGCACACACACAAGUCCAGUCAGCCAGCGAAUCGACGACGUACCACGUAUACCACGAUGUUUCCACGGUUGCUGUUGUGUUUGGCCGUCGCGGCGCAGGCAUUCGCCGCCGACGACAUUAAAACGGACGAGGGUGUGCUGGUAUUGACCAAGGGCAACUUCAAAACCGCUAUUGCCGACAACGAGUACGUCCUUGUGGAGUUCUAUGCACCAUGGUGCGGCCACUGCAAAGCCCUCGCCCCCGAAUACGUGAAGGCGGCCAAGACCCUGGCCGACAAGGAAUCGUCCAUCAAGCUGGCCAAAGUCGACGCCACCGAGGAACAGGAACUGGCCGAGGAGCACGGCGUCCGCGGCUAUCCCACGCUCAAGUUCUUCAGGAACGGCAACCCGAUUGAAUACAACGGUGGCAGACAAGCCGACGACAUCGUCGCCUGGGUAGAAAAGAAGACUGGACCCGCCGCCAAGGAUCUGAAGACCGUCGACGAGGCCAAGGAGUUCAUCGAAGCCAACAAUGUGGCCGUCAUCGGUUUCUUCAAGGAUCAGACCAGCGACAAAGCUAAGGCGUUCUUGAGCACCGCCGCCAUCAUCGACGACCAGCCCUUCGCCAUCACCUCCGAGGACGCCAUCUUCACCGAGUACGGCGCCGAGUGCGGAUCCAUCAUUCUCUUCAAGAAGUUCGACGAGAAGAAGGUCGCCUUCGAGGGCGAAUCCACCGAAGCCAACAUCAAGAAAUUCGUCCAGACCAACGCCCUGCCCCUCAUCAUCGAAUUCAACCACGACACCGCCCAAAAGAUCUUCGGCGGCGAAAUCAAGUCCCACCUACUCUUGUUCCUCAACAAGGGUGAAGACCACUUCGAAAAGGUGUCCGAAGCUGCCCGUUCCGUCGCCAAGCCAUUCCGCGACCAAGUGCUGUUCGUCACCAUCGACUCGAGCGAAGAAGACCACCAGAGGAUCCUCGAGUUCUUCGGCAUGAAGAAGGAGGAAGUACCGGCCGCACGUCUGAUCAAAUUGGAGGAAGACAUGGCCAAGUACAAGCCAGAGAGCGACGACCUCAGCUCCGAAUCCAUCCAGAAAUUCGUCACCGACUUCUUGGACGGCAAACUCAAGCAACACCUGCUCAGCCAGGACAUCCCCGAGGACUGGGACAAGGCUCCAGUUAAGGUUUUGGUGGCCAACAACUUCGACGAAGUGGCCUUGAACGCCGACAAAAACGUGCUGGUCGAAUUCUACGCCCCAUGGUGCGGACACUGUAAACAACUCGCCCCCAUCUACGACAAAGUCGGCGAACACUUCAAGGAUAACGAUGAUGUUGUAAUCGCCAAGAUGGACGCCACAGCCAACGAGCUGGAGCACACCAAAAUCACCAGCUUCCCAACCCUCAAGUUGUACGCCAAGGGCGACAACAAGGUAAUCGAGUACAACGGCCCCAGGACGUUCGAGGCCAUGGUGAAGUUCGUCGAGACCGACGGUGCCGACGGUGCUGGCGGCGACGUGCCCAUUGAGGAGGAGCACGAGGAUGAUGAUUCGCCCAGGAAGGACGAGUUGUAAUUUUUUUUUUAAGUGUACAGUUGAUGAUAUUGUCUCCCAUUUUUUACGGUCGAUUCGUUUCGUGUUUUUAGGGGCAUAUAUUUAUUUAAUCGCGUAAGGAAACAUAAUAGACUGGUUGUGACAUGUUUUUCUGCCGCAUGUUUCUAUGUUGUUCGUUUUCUGUUAACUAACAUUCCUACUUUCUAUUUGUACAAUUAAUAAAAUCACGUUUGCUUAUUUUUUUAUAAUUGUGUAUUUUUUAAGGCAGAUCUCUGAUUGUGUAUAUUUUAUGAAUGACUUUUUAUAUUUGUUCCAACACCUACAAAUAAAUUAAUAUAAUUUGUGUA